CCCCCACCCCGCGCCAGGCUGCGGUGCGCAUGCGCGGCGGGGGACCCCGGCCGCCAUUUUGCAGCGUCAGUCGGGCGGCGAGGCCUCCCCGGCAGCUGCGCAGAGGAGCCGCGCUCGCGCGCUGCGCCCGAGGGGAGCCGGCGGGGCGGGCGGUGCAGGCCAAUGAGUUGAAGAGUCGCCGCCGCUCGCCCGAGAGCCGAGUUGGGGAUCGCCUUUUCCUUUCCCCCGCCUCCUUUCCCUUUCUUGCAGCGACAGCCGCUCCUCGCAACCUCGAGCCGCGUUGCCCCGCGGCCGCCCGCCCGCAUCAUGCCGUCCGUGCCGCUGCCGCCCAAGGAGAGCAACCUUUUCAAGCGGAUCCUGAAAUGCUAUGAACAAAAGCAGUACAAAAAUGGACUCAAGUUCUGCAAGAUGAUCCUUUCUAACCCCAAAUUUGCUGAACAUGGAGAGACGCUGGCUAUGAAAGGAUUGACUUUGAACUGUUUAGGGAAGAAGGAAGAAGCAUAUGAAUUUGUUCGUAAAGGACUCCGUAAUGAUGUAAAGAGUCACGUCUGUUGGCACGUCUAUGGUCUUUUGCAGCGUUCUGAUAAGAAAUACGAUGAAGCCAUCAAGUGCUACCGGAAUGCACUCAAGUUGGAUAAGGAUAAUCUGCAGAUCCUGAGAGAUCUCUCACUGUUGCAGAUUCAAAUGAGGGAUUUAGAAGGAUAUAGAGAGACGAGAUACCAGUUACUUCAGCUGCGCCCCACACAACGAGCUUCCUGGAUCGGAUAUGCAAUUGCAUACCACUUACUUAAAGAUUAUGAUAUGGCCUUAAAACUACUUGAAGAGUUUAGAAAAACCCAACAGAUUCCUCCAAAUAAAAUAGAUUAUGAAUAUAGUGAACUGAUUUUAUAUCAAAAUCAAGUGAUGAGAGAGGCAGAUCUGUUUCAGGAGUCUCUGGAACAUAUAGAGACAUACGAAAAGCAAAUAUGUGAUAAACUAAUAGUAGAAGAAAUCAAAGGAGAAAUGCUAUUGAAGUUGGGAAGACUAAAAGAAGCUGGUGAAGUAUACAAAGAGUUAAUUGAGCGCAAUGCAGAAAACUGGUAUUAUUAUGAAGGCCUGGAAAAGUCCCUGCAACCUAGCACUUUAGAAGAGAGGCUUCAGAUUUAUGAAGAAGUUAGUAAAAGGCAUCCCAGAGCAGUUUCACCUAGAAGAUUACCUUUAAACUUUGUUUCAGGUGAAAAAUUUAGAGAACUAUUGGAUAAGUUCCUGAGGGUUAACUUCAGUAAAGGCUGCCCACCCUUGUUUACCACUUUGAAAUCUUUAUAUUACAAUCCAGAAAAGGUCUCUACAAUCCAAGAACUUGUUACUGGUUACGAAGCCUCUUUGAGAACAUGUGACCUUUUUGGUCCAUGUGAAAAUGGAGAGAGAGAGCCCCCAACGACGCUGCUCUGGGUUCGGUAUUUCCUGGCACAGCACUUUGACAAACUUGGCCAGUGUUCUUUGGCCUUGGAUUACAUUAAUGCUGCAAUUGCAAGCACUCCAACAUUAAUAGAACUAUUCUACUUAAAAGCAAAAAUUUACAAGCAUGUAGGUAACCUGAAGGAAGCUGCCAAAUGGAUGGAUGAAGCACAAUCUUUGGAUACUGCUGACAGAUUUAUCAAUUCUAAAUGUGCUAAAUACAUGCUGCGAGCCAAUAUGGUGAAGGAUGCAGAAGAGAUGUGUUCUAAAUUCACUAGGGAAGGGACUUCUGCUAUGGAAAACCUAAAUGAGAUGCAGUGUAUGUGGUUCCAGACUGAAUGUGCUGCAGCUUAUCAAAGGCUAGGGAAAUACGGUGAAGCCUUGAAAAAGUGUCACGAAGUAGAAAGGCAUUUUUUUGAGAUAACGGAUGAUCAAUUUGACUUCCACACAUACUGCAUGAGAAAGAUGACUCUUCGUGCCUAUGUAGACCUUUUGAGAUUAGAAGAUGUGCUCAGGAAACAUGCCUUCUACUUCAAAGCUGCUCGAUCAGCAAUUGAAAUCUACUUGAAGCUUCAUGAUAAUCCUCUUACCAAUGAAAGCAAAGAACAAGAAGUGAAUUCAGAAAAUCUCUCAGCCAAAGAACUGAAGAAGAUGCUUAGCAAGCAAAGAAGAGCACAGAAGAAAGCAAAACUUGAAGAGGAAAGAAAGCAUGCAGAAAGAGAGAGACAGCAAAAGAAUCAAAAGAAAAAGCGAGAUGAAGAGGAAGAGGAAACUAGUGGACCUAGGGAAGAACUAGUUCCUGAAAAACUGGAAAGGGCAGAAAAUCCAUUAGAAGAAGCCAUUAAAUUCCUUAUUCCACUUAAGAAUCUUAUUGGAGAUAACAUAGACACCCAUUUAUUAGCAUUUGAAAUAUACUUUAGAAAAGGAAAGUUUCUGUUAAUGUUACAGUCUGUCAAAAGAGCUUUUGCUAUCAACAGUAAUAAUCCAUGGCUUCAUGAGUGCUUGAUUAAAUUCUCUAAAGCUGGUAUGUGUAUAGGAAUAUCUGACCACAGUAACCUCCCAGAAAUUGUGAGCAAGGUCCUAACUCAAGAAAUGCAGAAAAUCUUUGUCAAUAAAAACUUGGAAAGUUUUAAUGAGGAGUUUCUCAAACACAAUGCUACCUCCAUUCAGCACCAACUUUCAGGUGCAAAAAUGAUGUAUUUUCUGGACAAAUCGAGGCAAGAAAAAGCAAUUGCUGUGGCUACUAGAUUGGAUAAAAACAUGAGAGACAAAAAUGUGAAGACAUUAACCAAGGUUUUUGAGGCACUGCUUGACGGCAGUUUUGGAAGUUGCCACACUCAAUGUGAAGAAUAUCAAGCAGCCUGUCAUAAACUGUUUCCUUUUACAUCUGCCUUUAUGCCUGCCACAAACGAAGAUGAUAGCAGCAUUGCAUCUGUGAAUCACACAGCCAUUAACCACGACUUACUGUCUAAUGAAAUAUGAAGUAGCAUAUGCAAGCCCGUGUGUGUGUGCCUACAUACCCACACACACAUACAAAACUCUGACUGUCAUUACAUGCUGGCUGGAUACGGAUCAGGGUUACUUUUCCAGGUUGCAUUUUAAUAUCUUUAACAGGUCUAAAAUGAAAUAUUUGGUUAGCUUAAUGAAAUGGAGUAUCCUGUUAGUUACUUUUUUUUCUUCCCAACAAAAACUGCCAAUAUUUAUGUAAACAUGAUCUUUAAUCAGCAUUUUUCAUGUUUAUACUUGUACAGUUUUAAGUCUUUUAAUAAUCCAUCAGCCCUCCCUCACAAAAAGGAAAAUGAUGGAUGUUAGACUGCUUUCACAAGUGUCAUUGCAUAUACAUAUGAAUGUGAUCAUAUCCUGUUAAGAAAUGAUCUUUUGAGCAUCUUUAGCAGAUUAAGACAGAAGUGCUGCUUGAAUGACCCUCUUCAUCUUCUACUCUUGUUCUUGGGAUUUUAUUUUUUUUUACCUUUUAUUUUUUAACCUUUGCUCAGUUUGGUUUCUUUUGAAGCACAGUGGACGUUGGAGGUUUGCAUGUUUUUGUAAGGUGUGUGUCUCAUGGAACCGGUGUUGAUGGAUAUGAAGAUUAGGUUUGUAUGAAAACUAAGGGUUUUUGAAAAUUGUAUUCUAUCUGCCUUGUGUUCCAUAACUAUUAUUUCUUAAGUUUAUGAUCAGUUUAACGUUUUCUGUUUGAGUAUUCUCAAGCAACUCCCUGAAAAUGCAAUGAAUUUAAUACUGUUGUCUGUUUUGGUUUUUUAUUGUUGUUGUUCCAUCUUCCCCUUCUUUCUCUCACUUCUGAUUUCUCCCCAUCUGUUCACUUACUGACAUUUAAGUUAAAAAAGCUGCUCCAAUAUUGGGUAAAUGCAUAAGGUACAGUAAAGGGGGAUGCAGUUCCCCUCUACAUCCUACAAAUUCACUGCUAAGUUUACUGUAUUACCUCCAUUAAAAGUCUUAGUUGUGAAUUUAUGGCCAAUAUAUCAGCACUUCUCCUGCCUAAACACUAUUGCUGUAGGUGCUGCAAAGCAAGCAGUAUGUCAGGAGUGUGUUUUAUAUUUAAAAGCUGUUCAAAGGAGCACGAAGAGGAUGACUACAAAUCACAAUGAAUCUUUUUCUUUAUUCUGGUGCAUUAACUAUUAAACACACGACAUGAAAAUGGAAGUUUGAAUCUAAUAUACCUAUUUAAAGCAUAAUGCUGGACAAAAUGGCUACAUAUGACAGCUUUACAUUCUAUAAAGAACUGCUAUCAAAAUAUAACUAUACUGUGGCUUGUACAGAAAAUCCAUUUUCUGGAAACUGUAAUGGAAUCAUUCAGUCAGUUUUGUUUUUAUUCCACUGCAGUGUAAAUAAUUUCAGUAAUAUUAACUAGCCCCUCUAAGGCAAAUAUGAAUUCACGAAGAGGGGAUUUUAUUAAGACAAAUAAACUGUUCUAAUUAAAAUUCUCUUUUGUGUGUCAUCUAUUUAGAUUCAAAACUGUUGAAUGGAAGACUCACUGUAAAAUAUUGCCAACAUAUGUUAUGCUGUAAUAAAUUAUUUUGUACACACUUGC